AUGAGCGGUGAUUGGGUUCUGUGCUUGCGAAAUCAAAGGCAUGGAUUAGUGGGGACUCUGGGCAUGGCCCACACGAGCCGCGUCAAUUUUGUAGUACUCAACAAUGUCCACAUAAAGCAAGUUAACAACGGACACCAAAUCACAUUUCUGACACCCAACUAA